CUACUGUUUAAAAAGGUCGAGCCUAUUUAAAUGGAAGCUAGACAAGAGGAUAGGACAUUGGAAGUUGAAAGCCAUUUGUAGUGGGGGGCGGUGUGAUGUGAAGCCAUGAGGAGCCAGGAGCCACGUUCAAGGGCUUCUUGUGCAGCUUGCAAGCUAUUGAAAAGGAGGUGCACUCCCAACUGUAUUUUCGCACCAUAUUUUCGAUCCGAUGAACCGAAGAAAUUCGCCAAGGUCCACAAGGUUUUUGGUGCCAGCAAUGUGAGCAAGAUCCUGAUCGAAGUGCCCGAAGAGCAGCGAGAGGAGACGGUGAAUUCCCUGGCUUACGAGGCUGAAGCAAGGCUUAGGGACCCUGUCUAUGGUUGCAUUGGUGCCAUAGCCUUGUUGCAGAGGAAGAUGAUCGAGCUGCAACAUGACUUGGCCCUUGCCAGAGAACGUCUGGCUCGGUAUGCUGCAACCACUUCCUCUGCUAUCAUCAGCAGUGACCGGGUUAGCAUGGGUCCAUUCGGUGAGUUUCAGGUCCCGGCUGCUUCUUGUGGAGGAUUCAUUGACAGUUUCAGCCUGAAUUCAUUUGAAGUGAACCAAGAUGCACAUAUGUAUGAUUUUAGCCAAAUUCCAUAUGUAUAAAGAUCUCUCUCUCUCUCUCUCUCCCUCUUGUUGGUUACUAGCUCUGAAAAAACUUGGCAUCUUUGGCCUUAAAUCUAUGUUUCAAGAUCAAGAUCAAGUAAGAAAUUAAAUGGGAAUUCAAAAGGGAUUCUCUAAAUAAGUUAAAAA